AUGGGCAGCGGUCACGAUGACGGAGCUGGCAAGGUGUGGUUGGCGCAGGUCAUCUGUCGCCUGGUGUACUCUGUGUACCAGGACAACGGCAACUACUACAACAACGGUUCGGCGUCGACCGUGGCCGCAACCGCCGCCGCUGCAGCCUCGGCCACGGCCGCCACCACCGCGGCCACCGCCGCCGCCAUAGCGGUGGCCGGCACCGAGAUGGUGAUGACCGCGACAACGAACGGGAACAAGUUGCUGGUGACCGAGGCCCGGGUCGACAGGCUGGACUGCGGCGGUACAUGGACGCUGGACUGCCGGAGGUCGGAGGGCGCUCUAGCGUGCACAGACUCGCUGUCCAAGGCCACCGAUGCCCCUGUCCGGCUGUAUCUGCCCGCCAGGCUGUCAGCCCACUUUGACGGACAGCCGGCCGUGUCCGUGGGCCUGCCCGAGACGGCCCGGGGUAACGCCAUCACCAUCGUCCGAUGUGACGGUGACGGUGGUGGCGGCCACGACCACGGCGAGGUGACAUGUUCGAUACACGGCGAACAGUGGCCUCCCGCCACCGUGACCACCGAGACCACCGACGAUGCCGAUGACCCCCAACGUUCGUACAACUGGAAGUAUCUGUUCGUCUUCGUGUUCAUCGCUUCCGGUGGCGUGGGCAACAUACUCGUCUGCCUGGCCAUAUGCCUGGACAGGCAGCUCCAGAACGUCACCAACUACUUUCUCCUGUCCCUGGCCAUAGCUGACCUGCUGGUGUGCCUGCUCGUUAUGCCUCUCGGAGCCAUACCUGGAUUUUACGGUGAAUGGCCUCUAGGCGUGGCUUGGUGCAACGUGUACAUCACGUGCGACGUGCUGGCCUGCAGUUCCAGCAUUAUGCACAUGUGUUGCAUUUCGCUGGGGAGAUACCUGGGCAUAAGACAUCCUCUCAGGACCAGACAUCACUAUUCCACCAUGAAAUUGGUGUGUGUCAAAAUCGCCAUCGUCUGGUUCCUGUCAUUUUUGGUAUCGUUUUCGGUCACGCUCCUGGGUCUUUCCAAUGCUAAGAACAUUAUGCCGGAUCCAGGGGUUUGCGUAAUCAACAAUCGAGCUUUUUUCGUCUUCGGUUCGCUGGUCGCGUUUUACAUACCAAUGAUCAUCAUGGUGGUCACGUAUGCCCUUACUGUUCAGUUGUUGCGGAAAAAAGCCAGAUUUCUAUUGGAUGACAGUUUCGUGGACGGUCGGAGGAAUGGGUCAUCGGCGGAACCGCAUCUGUUCAGACGUUUGGGCGGCCGGUUUUCAGCAAACAAAAACCAGAACAACGUGACCGGGCGGUUACAGCAGGGCAAAAACAACAACAAACAGUGCGAUCAACAGACGCAGAUACCCGACGCGGUAUCUGCUGGCGCCAGUGACUCGAGGAAUUUCCGGUUGAAGACGCUCAGACUUCAGCUGAAUAUGAACCCGUCGACACUGAAUUUGAGAUUUCUCGCCAAUAGACAGAAGCGCCAAAGCCUGGCGGCCGCCAACGCCGUUAGAACCGAACAAAAGGCCAGCAAAGUGUUGGGAGUGGUGUUCUUCACGUUCGUGUUAUGCUGGUCACCAUUCUUCCUGUUGAACAUCGUGUUCGCCGUCUGCCCAAAGGAAAGCUGCCCGGUACCCGACCACGUGACCGAGGUGUGCCUCUGGUUGGGAUAUGUGUCCUCGACGAUAAACCCGAUAAUCUACACGAUAUUUAACAAGACGUUUAGAGCCGCAUUUAUCAGGUUGCUCAAAGGCCGAUGUCACAAGACCAGACCUCAUCGGUACAGAUCGGUGACGGACAACCGACACUCCGCACUGAUAAGCACUCCGUCUGGGGCGGCCGCCGGAGCGGCCACUGUGCCGUUAUCACUUUCGCUUCAGUCCACGCCACUGACCACGUCACCUCCCGUGAACGACACCACCAACACCACUACCUUCGCCGCCACUGCCGCCGCCGCCAUGGCUGCCGCCGCUGCGUCUAAGAAGACGACGUCCACUCCCGAGUACCCAGACUCGUUUCUAGUCCAGGAAUGCCCUGAGGACACUGCCAAAUAUUGA